GGUUGGCCAUAACACAACUGGUGUUUGUCUCCUGGACUGUCGACUGACCUCCUGAGGGCAUGGUGUCACCUGACCUCACCUUUGUCCUGUCAACGUCAUUAUGGCCACUUGAUGAUGUCUUCGUGUAUCACAUGACAACCAUCUGUCUCGUUAUGUCCAUUGUCUGGUCAGUUCCUGUUUGUCAGGAGUGGUUCUGUUGUAGGUGCACCACUCACAGUGGGAGUCCAGCCCCUUUAAGCGGAGGGUUUGAGUGGGAAGGAGGGACAAGCGGUUCCACAGCCCGGCACCAACACUGAGUCCAUCGAGGAAACGAACUUUCCAGCAUCUUUGUUUUCCUGUUGGUUCAGCGAGCGCCUGCGUGUGAACUCGUCUUUUGUAAUGGCAACCUGAGUUUUUCUCCAUUUGUGCUGAACGGAGUCUGUCAAGACACCACGAGUUGUGAAGCUGCCAGCGCCAUCGCGUGCUCUCCGGUUUCCCUCGGUGUGAAAUCCAUCCCAGGUGUCGCUAGUCUCUGCGUGGGAUUGAACCUUGUGAAGAAAUUCUACUCUUGUAUUUUAUCUUGCUUUUGUUUCCCUGGUGACAACGAGGUGCGCUGCACACCUGUGGCUGAUCAAUCUCAGUCGCUCUUCAUCAAGUACAAGCAGGUCGCCAUCGCUUGACGGCCUCAACCUUCUUGGAUUGCUGGUGUGAACAGCACUGACGAGAGUCGCCAGCUUUAGCCCCACGCCCUUGUUUUUCUCUCAUUUGUCAAAUGGAGGAACUCGAUAUGGAAUCGUCCACACUCUCCAAGCACAUACUGUACAGCGUGUACCUCAGCUACACCGACGACAUGGGCGACCUGGUGGACGAGGACAGCAGAGACAAGUACGGCGAAGUGGAGGGCGACCUGGACUUGCACAACAGCUCGUACGAGAGAGGCUUCGUGCACAGCGCCAACAUCGGCAUCUUCAUCACCGUGUGCAACAUCCUCAUCGCCCUGCUGCUGAUAUCGCUGGUGCUGGUGGCGCGCGCCACGAGAACUCAGUUCGUCUUCCAGCAGGUCCUCAACCUCGCCUUCUCCGACCUGUGCUACAGCGUCAUCGUCGACCCCUUCACGGUGUACUUCGAGCUGCAGUCGUGGCAGUUGUCCAGCGGCUUCUGCGUGACGUACAUGGUGGCGGACAACGUCCUGCCCUGCGUGUCCUUCCUCGUGCUUGUCGUUCUCAACUCCGACCGCAUCCUCUUCUCGCUGUCGCCCGCCAUGUACCACCGCUGCUUCCGGCGACGAUGGGCGAGGACCGCCAUGUUCCUGACGCCCUGGCUGGCGGGCUGCGGCGUCAUCGUCCCGCUGUGGCUGCUGACGGCGACCACGUGGCCCCGGCCAGGCAUGUGCAUCUACGGCAUCAACAUGACGGCCGCCAUCGCCUCAGCAGUGCUCUCCCUUUACUUGCCUUCCAUCAUUCUCGUCGUCAUCACCGUCCUCAACUUCGUCACCCUCAUCGGUGGGAUGCCCGAGGACUUCAACGAUCUGCCCCUGAGAACUGGGCCUGGGGCUGUUGGUGGGGCCUGUCGGGGUUACACCGGGGGUGGGGCGGAGAACAAGCGACCUCUGGUGGCGACGCGGUGCUCGCGACUGUCGCCGGUGGAGAAGGUGGCACUGCGGCGCGGUCACCGGUCUCUGGUGGUGGCGGUGUGCGUGGCCAACAUCGUGUCCAUCAUCACCCAGCUGCCGUUCGGCGCCAUCUCCAUGCUGGAGCCGCAGUGCGUGGAGGCGGGCUGUCAGUCCACCGUCAAGCUGCUGCAGGCCCUCAGCUGGCUGCGCUCCGCCACCUUCACUCUGCGUCCCCUGCUUUUCAUCCUCCUCACGCAACAGCUGCGCCGCACGUGCUGCGACCUCCGCAACACCGGCUGCGACUCCUCCAACCCCUACUGCCAGGCCUCCAGCCCCGGCCCCAACACGCAGACCGAGCGCCUGGAGCUGGGCUCCACCAGCAACUCCGUUGUCCUUGGCAACAGCGCCAAGUGCGCCGGCACCAUGGUGUGAGGUCGUCGCUGCAAGAGAGAAGCAGAGACAGCGAAUCGUGACAGCUGUGUCGCGGAAAUAUGGACACACGUGACACACGUGACACGCGUGACACAGGCCACACGACCUGAUGACAGGCACGAACCCACAAUCCAGCAGGUGUCCAUGACCUGGGUCAGAUACACUUUUGUCGGCUUACACUGUGACCUCCACCACGUGCAGCAAGACACGGGUUGUCUCCACCUGACGACACCAGCGCCUCCUGUGGCGCCUCCACCCGCCUCUGCUCCUCGUCAGCGUAACGAUGGACGUAACUAGUGCUUCAGUCGAGCGAAUACGAUAGGAGCACGUGACUGUGCCGUCAGCUGCAGGCGAGGACCUGACGUCAGAACAUCACUGGACAUUCUGUGCGUCACAACAUCACGUGAUGGACGUUGGAGUAUGACGUCAGGAGCCACCUAUGACGUCUGCAUGGGAUGACUACGUGAAGUAGGACAAUCAUUCAACUUUUGUGACCGGCUAUGAGCAGUGAGUCACUAUAGACGGCUAUGAGCAGUGAGUCACUAUAGACGGCUAUGAGCAGUGAGUCGCUAUAGACGG